UGAUUAAUUCAAUGAAUUGGUUGCACGUUUUCAUUCCUACCUUUUUUCCUCAUCUACCUUCUUCCAUUCUUAUUCCUUUUGAAUUUCCACCUAUUUCUACUUUCCUCACUUUCAACAACGUUUCUCCAUUCCCUUCCAUCUCUUCAACUCUCUAUCUUUUUUUCAGUUCGGUUUGAUCAUUUCACUUCACCAUGUCAAGCUUGGAGGAACCUCUUGGCGUCGACAAGUUGCCGAGCAUGAGUACCAUUGAUAGGAUUCAGAGAUUCUCGUCUGGCACUUGUCGUCCGAGAGUAGAUAAUGUCUGCGGCAUGGGGAACUUCUGGCUUGAAGGACGGAGUUGCAGUACAUCUAACAGCUGCAAUGAUGAUGAUGAUGAAGAGUAUACAGCAGAGACAUUCCCAUGGAAAAGGCAAACAAGAAACUUCUCCCAAGAUGAAUCCUUAAACCAAAAGGCCAGUACCAAAGCGAGGAAGUCGAUGAAAUUUGGAAUGAUUGAUGAUUCGUUCUCUGAAUACCAUUAUAGUCCAAAGUUCAAAAACGAAGGCAUUCCAAAUUCGACAUAUAAGUUUCUUGAAGGUAUACCGAAGUUUGUAAAGAUUGUGGAAGUUGGUCCACGAGAUGGAUUACAGAAUGAAAAGAACAUUGUACCUACAGCUGUAAAGAUUGAAUUGAUUCAUAGAUUAGCUUCUUCUGGAUUAUCUGUUAUCGAGGCAACGAGUUUCGUAUCUCCGAAAUGGGUUCCACAGUUGGCUGAUGCAAAGGAAGUAAUGCAAGAAGUUCAUCGCUUGAGAGGCGUCAGAUUUCCGGUUCUAACGCCUAAUUUAAAGGGUUUUGAAGCUGCUAUUGCAGCUGGUGCAAAAGAAGUAGCUGUUUUCGCAUCAGCUUCUGAAUCAUUCUCAAAAUCAAACAUUAACUGCAGCGUUGAAGAGAGUCUUGCUCGUUAUCGAACUGUUACUCGUGCUGCUAAAGAACUGUCAGUUCCUGUGAGAGGGUAUAUAUCAUGUGUCGUUGGAUGCCCGGUGGACGGGCCAACGCCUCCCUCGAAAGUCGCAUAUGUUGCUAAAGAAUUAUAUGACAUGGGCUGCUUUGAAAUUUCUCUUGGUGACACAACUGGAGUUGGCACACCAGGAACCGUUGUCCCUAUGCUCGCGGCUGUUAUAGCAGUUGUUCCAAUAGACAAGCUUGCUGUCCACUUCCAUGACACUUAUGGCCAAUCCCUUUCAAACAUUCUUGUUUCCCUCCAAAUGGGAAUUAGUGUAGUGGAUUCCUCAGUUGCUGGUCUUGGUGGGUGUCCAUAUGCCAAGGGAGCAACAGGAAAUGUUGCUACUGAAGAUGUUGUGUACAUGCUGAAUGGAAUUGGUGUGAAAACCAACAUUGAUCUUGAAAAGCUCAUGCUCGCCGGAGACUUCAUCAACAACCAUUUACAGCGGCCGUCCGGUUCAAAGACUUCCGUUGCGUUGAACCGAUCCACCGCCGAUGCCCGCCUUCAAGAUUUAUGAUAUAUAAUGUAAAUAUUAUGGAACAUAACAAUAUAUAAAUUCAUGUGAAUGCUUCAUGCAGUGACAUGAUGCUUAGUUCAUACUAUGACAUUACAAAUUUGAUGAUUUGAUAGUUAAUAUUCUGUUUUUUCCUUCCUAUUUUUUGUAUUUGUCCCAAGCUAAUGUUGAGGAUUUGUGUUAUUUAUUAGCAAAAUAUGAAGAACAAAAAAUAAGAUGAUUGCACUAUGUUUUA